UGAGAGCCCGAGGAGGGCGGAGGAGGGAGGGGCGAGGGCUGGCGCCUGCGCUGUGCGCGCGCGGCCGGAGCGGCGGGGACGUGCGUGCGGGCCUCCCCUGCCUGCGUCUGUCCAGCCCGUGCCUCCCGGGAGCCGUGCGAGAGCCGCGAGGAUGGUGAACGUGCUGAAGGGCGUGCUCAUCGAGUGCGACCCAGCAAUGAAGCAGUUUCUGCUCUACUUGGAUGAGUCAAAUGCGCUGGGAAAGAAGUUCAUCAUACAAGACCUGGAUGAAACUCAUGUCUUUGUUUUAGCCGAGUUGGUUAACUUCCUCCAGGAGAGAGUGGGCGAGCUAAUGGACCAGAACUCUUUUCCUAUUACUCAGAAGUAAAAAGGCUAGAGAAAUGAGAUUACUGCCAGUUUGGGAAUAGUGAAUUUCAAUAACUUGGGUUGUUACUGUUUUAAUAGAUAAAUCGUGGUUAGUAAGUUCUACAUGAAAGUGGCUAUUCUAGAAAAUUGAUAAUUUUCAAAAUAUUCUUGAAUUUUGUUUCUCACUUUGAAAGAUUAUGGUAUCGUUAUUAAAAUCCAUAAAAUGA